AUGGCCGCCGCGACCGACGCCCCCACGUUCAACAUUGUCGUUGCGCUCUUCCCCGGCGUCACACAGCUCGACUUCACCGGCCCACACCAGGUGCUUGCGCGCCUCCCCGGCGCGAAGAUCACCGCUGCGUCGCUGGACGGCGGCGAGAUCGAAGCCGACGGGCUCGUGUUCGGCAGGCUGCCGACGCUGGCGUCGAUCGACGCGUCCAAGAUCGACAUCCUCCUCGUCCCUGGCGGCAUCGGGACGGGCCAGGCGGUCGAGAACGCCGCGUUCAUCGAGCAGAUCAAGCGGCUCGCCGCGCACGCAAAGUACAUCACGUCGGUGUGCACCGGCUCGCUCAUCCUCGGCGCGGCGGGCCUGCUGAAGGGCAAGCGCGCAGCGACGCACUGGGCCUGGCGGCACUCGCUGCCGCUGUACGGCGCGAUCCCCGACGACGCCCGCGUCGUGCGCGACGGAAACAUCUUCACCGGUGGAGGCGUGACUGCCGGCAUCGACUUUGCGCUCACCAUCGUCGCUGAGAUUGCCGGCCCCGAGGCGGCACAGGCGAUCCAGCUCGGUAUCGAGUACGCGCCUGCCCCGCCAUUCAACUCUGGCCGACCGGAGCUCGCGCCGCCAGAGGUCCUCGCCCGCGUGCAGGGCCGCUACAAGGAGCGCGUGGACGAGGUCGAGAACGCGGCCAAGAAGGCGGCGAUUGUGUAG